AAAUUGACCUCAGCUGAUGACAAACCUCACAUAUCCUCUUCAGAUUGUGUGGGAAAGAAUAAGUUUAGCUGAACAAACAAAACUGCUUUUAACCUUAUAAGGAAGUUAAAACCCCCCCAAAAGAAGACAUGAACACGCUUGUGCAGGACAUUUAUAAAAGCCGUCUUCCCUCCUCAUUUCAACAACAAGCUCACCUCAAAGCCCAGGACAAACAACUGAAAACCAGUGAUUUCAGCAGGAACAAUGGCCCACAGCAUUGGAAACAGCAAGGACAUUCAUGUUGGAACCAACAAAGGGAAGAUUGGCGCUGGUAAUGUCAUCAAUAUUAGCGGGAACACCGGCAAUACGAUGGGAGAAAAAACUGUCAAUCCUGGCAACACAAGUAACAUGACUGUUGGAGACAAUGCAGGAGAUAUCGGUGCAAAAAACACCUGCAAUGGGAGCGGAGGAAAAGGAGUCAAAGCAGAUAUUGGCAACACAAGUAACAUGACAGUUGAUGACAAUGCCGGUAACAUUGGUGCAAAGAACACCUGCAAUGUGAGCGGAGGAAAAGGAGUCAAAGUAGAUGUUGGCAACAUAAGUAACGUGGCAGUUGGAGACAACGCAGGAGGCAUUGGUGCAGGGAACAACUGCAAUGUAAUGGGAGGAGAUGGAGUCAAAAUAAGUAUUGGGAACAUGGAUAACAUGGCAGUUGGAGUCAACGCAGGGGGCAUCGGAGUGGGGAACAACUGCAAUGUGAACAGAGGAAAAGGAGCUGAAAUUAAUAUUGGCAACGCAACAAAUGCAGGGAUUGGGAUUAACUCGGGAAGCUUCGGUUCAGGGAACAAUGUAAACAUUAACUGAUGAAAUCCCAGGCCAAAAGUUCAAAACACCCCAAAUGAAAACCAAAUCAAGAAUUAUUUGUGAACUCUUGUGUGCCUUCUUUUGUCCCGCAAUAAACUGUGUUGGAGAUAA